AUGCAGAACUACAACAUUGAAGUAGAUCUGAAUGAAACAGAGAGGAUGCGCUACCUCGAGGAGAUCACCACGUCCAAUGAUGCUACGGAUCUUGGGUGCGCAUCCAUGACCUUGGAAUAUGAGGGCUCUAGAAGUUGCACAAGGGUCAGCGAUAACAUGAUCUCACCAAGGGGCGUUUCACAGAGAGACCAACACGGAUCGAAGCCCACUGAGAUGGGUGAAGUGUUGGCAAGGAGGGCCAAAUACCUCUUGGAUGGAGGAAUAUACCCCGGGGACCAGGACCCUUGGGGGCUCAUCGACCCAGAACGGUUCCUGGUAUAUUGCAUAUCACAGGAUGAAUACAUUAUUAUGGAUAGAGAAGCUAGACUAGAUCCAGAACUUACCGUCCCGACUCCGUUGCUAAAAAAUCCCAACUUCCAGCUGGAGGGAUGGUAUGCGCAACACGUUGGCGAACAACAAGGGAUGAGGCCCAAGGAAGUGAGACAGUGGAGACGGCUAUCCUGCGAUAAACUCCAGCGCAUGGGCACGCCGUUCUCAGAUCGGGCCGUCCAGUUGCUGGGUGAACACGGUGCAUUUCUCAAGGACCCACCUGACUACACAAGAUCAGGUCGCUUCGAGUGCGUCCGUUUGACUGAAGGAGUAUACAAGAUCCUUGAUCUCGUGUUAGCCUACAAAGUGACUGUACCCGAGUCGUUGGUUGAGAACCCUAAGUUCGAGGUUAGCAAUUGGUAUGAGAAACGGCUAGCAAAGACUUAUGAAGCGCUUUAUGAUGAGCUCAACGCUACGGCACAAGAGUAUGACAUACUGAGACUCCUUGAUAGGGGGGAAUUGUCUGAGGAUGAGUGUCAGUUGGACGAUGUGGUCAGGAGUAUUUACACACCUGCCCCCGAUGCUCAAUUCCUUUAUAAUGAAUCUCACCUGUUUGUCAUUGAGUUGAACGGUCAGCAAAUACCGGCGGUUUUAGCUCUUUGA